CCGUCAGGUAACGCUGCGCCCUGCCUGGGAGUCCCGCGACCAGGGGGUGCCCAGGUUCGGUAGCGGCCCCAUUUGUUCAUCCAGGUCCGCAGCUGCAGCGAGGAUGAACACGAAUUUCUUCCACGUAAUCAAAUCGAAAAAAGAACUCAUUCCCCUGGUUGGAGUCGUGUCUUUCGCAGCAGUUGGGGCUGUUGCUUUCUCUGCCUAUUCCCUCUUCAGCAAGUCAGAUGUGAUCAUUAACAAGAAUGGCAAUCCAGAGCCAUGGGAAACUAUUGAUCCUACCCGGCCUCAGAAGCUAUUAACAAUCCAUCAGAAAUGGAAACCCAUAGAAGAGUUGGAAAACGUCAAAAAGCUUACGAAGUGAAAAGUUUCUGUUGGCUCUAAAAGGUACUCUAUGAAUCUAGUGGAAUCACUUCUGCACAAACUUGACUACUGAAAUCAGUGUGCGGAAAUGCUUCUGCUACGUUUUUAGGGUCUCCCUACAUUUUUUGGACUCUGGAUGAGGAGUUUCAUUUUGCCUUAGAAGUUGGCAUACAACAUCCACAUAGUCCAAAAAUCUGUUUCAAAGCUCAUUUUCAGGUUGCAUUUGAUGUCAUAUGUUGAAUAUUCAGAUGGUAAUUACAUAUGGAAAAAGCCUUCACCCUUUAUGUAGAAUUUUAUUUUCUCAAAAUAGAUCAGUUUUGUAAUUUUACAGUGUUUUUUAAUAAAAUUGUUUAACUUUUGCAAUGUUAUAUGCAAAUUCCAUAAAUGGGAAUUACCCAAAAGCCCUUCUAAAUUAAGACUCUUGGUCUGCUCCCUCUUUAUCCUAUAUUUUAAUGCGGUAUGAAUAUUGUAUGCAGACUAGAUAGUCAUCAUAGCCAGAGGAUGUCUAUGUGUGGCAACAUAUGUCAUCAUAAAAUACACUUGUAUUUAUUUCCUACAUUAGAUGUGAUGACAACGUAAGAUGAAGUUAAGGUUCUAUUCCUAAUACUAAAGCUUGCACGUGUGCUCAGCCUAAUACACCAGGGAGUCUUGUAUGUUACUUGAGACUAAAGGGUUAAAACAUAAGACUUCAGCAUGGCUAAAAGGGAUUUAGAAAUGAGAGAAUUUCUGUUAUAUUUAAAUAUUGCUCUUGUUUAAACUUAGAAAAAAAUGCUAGAAUUGGGAAAUACAUUACCCAAAACCACUUAUAAUGUUAAUUUCUUCAUCUUGUGGUAGGUAGUUCAAGCUUAAAUAUGCAGCACAGUUAACAGUUUUGGUGGGCUUUUUGUUUGUUUUCUUUUGUUUUGUUUGUUUUUAAAUAGAUAUUAGGGACCUCUGCUUUAACAAAGAGAAAAUAACACAUUAAAUUUAGGAAUGACUCCACAGAAAGACACUUUCCCUUUAGUUUGUUUACUGACGGAUUGGCUAGGGAAAGGACAAAAUCCCAACAAAUUAAUCCCAACAAAUUAACGAGGGGAUAUAUGUACAUCCAAUGGUGAAACAGUCGUUUUGUGGUUAUUUUCUGUAUGUUUUCCUUGCAAGUUUUUUCAUAUAUAUUACAUAGUUCUACACUGGAUGAUCAGAAGGCAUGAUACUUGCUGAGAGGAAGAAAGCAAAACUGAAACAAGUUGAUUUGAAGAAGUUCCCCUUCAAGUGUGUAAUAGUGAACCUAAUGCUGUAGCUUCCCUCUGCUGCAGCAAAGACAAAACAAGUUAAUAAAGCUGUCUCCAAAAUUUUAAGGUAGUUUGGCUUCAGAGACUUCAAGUUUUCUUAAAGAUGUUUUCGAUGCUGAGAAGAAAAAGUUAUUUAUCCCACACUUGUGUGCAGAUACAGUAUAAAUAAUAAAUAAGUAUGACUCAGCAGCAUUUAUAUUUAAGAGCGAGAGGAACAACAGGACUUCAGAAUACGCGCUUAGCUUUCAUUUUAAGGAAUGACGUUACAAGACAAUCAGGUACUAUAUAACCACAAAAAUUCAGUGCUCUGGGGAGUAAAAUUUUAAUCAUUUAAAUAGAGAAAUGUUUCAAAAAUAUUUUUGGUAAGUUACUGUGUAUUUACAUACGUUGCUCUAUUACAUUAAAAGAUGUGCUGUGUUGUGCUCUAAGUUGAUGCAUUAAUUAAAUGAGUUUGUCCUUAAGUAAAUCAUGUGUAUGGUCUAUGAAUACUUCUUUAGACCUAAGUAUGUCAACAUUAGGGAAACAAGUCAUUUUUACAUGAUUUUUGUACUUAAACACUUUUCACUGGUGUCUUCCAGUAGCGCAUUAGGCAGCAUGACUACCAUCAGUCCCAGGUUAUUUCUUCUCAUUGUCUCCUAGGGCAUAAUAGCAAAGGCAAUAAUACAAUGCUUUGCUUGUUACAUGUUUCAUUUAAAACAAACAAACAAACAACACAUAGAUUUGUGGAAAGGGUUUUCACAUAAUGUGAGAAAUCAUCAUCUCUUUGUAUACUUCAAAAACAUUAUGAGGAUUGUUCAAGUCCUUGGGACAACUUUUUGAGUUCUCAGACCAACCCUAAGAAUAUUCUAUCUGCUGUAUUGAUUAGAUUACUCCCAUAAAUUGGGAAUACCAAGGCCAGUUGCUGUAUCUACCCCCAGAAUUGCUCAACAUAAAGCAAUAAAGCAAUAUACAAAUUGUUUCCUUAUUCUGCAAACAUCAGAGUUAAGACAGUAAAGAUUUAAUCUGUUGAAUUUUAUGAGUUUACUUUUAUGAGAACAGUAAGAUUUCCUUGUCCUGUGUAAUGCAAACCCAUGACUUUUUAUUCUUUGUGCAAUUUAGAGGCUGUUGAAAUAAAUUUCACUUCUUCCUUCUCUCCAUUCUUUUCUAUUUCUGCGUUCUACUUAAUCUUCUGUUCUAGGUUUUUGUUUUUUAAACAAUCACUGUCUUCACUUACACUGUCUAGUACUUUUCCAUGGAGCUGUAUCACUUCCAAUUAUCAUUAAUUACAAAGUUUCAUUAAAAUGCUCACUGACUUGUUAAAGUUUCAAAUAUGGAUUAAAAACCAUUAGCAAUGAUUUUUAAUGGUGCUAGUCACCAUUUGAAAUCAUUAGAAUCUAUACAAGUUAGGCUUUUCUAACUGCAGCUGGCUGAUAAUUAUUAAAGCCCAUUUGUAAGUAAUUUUCUGGAAGAAUAGAAUGUUGCUUUCUGCAGUAUGCAUGCAAACUGAAGCAAUAAUUGUCCCCCCCCAAAAAAAGUAAAAUUUGGGGCAAGAAAAGUUGAUGUAAUUUUGAAAAUAAACAAAUCCAUCAGUUCAAACAGUCCGCAGAGACUUAACAAAUGUUUAAAACCUUGCUUUCAUGGAGCAGUAACCUACACGGGAACCUGAGUGCUAUUGUCUGUUCUGGGGUCUGAUUCAGGCUUUAUAAAAUGCCAGCUCUUUCAGCCUUCUAAAAUAUUUCCUUUUUGUUUUAGGAGUCAUUUAAAAAUUCCUGAUCUGUCUCCCAGCCUUUCACUAAGAUACUUACUUUUUCUUUAGUUUAUAAGAGAGCUAGGCCCCCAAGAAGGAUAAAACCUAAUAGUUGAACUCAUUUUAGCCUCUACUCUUUCUCCAGCUUAUCUGAUACACCUUUAAACAUACAUAUCCUUAAGCCAUGACACGGGACAAGCUUGAUGGCCUGGCUGUAAGGACCAUUAUUUCAUGUAUUAACUCUGUAAGUUCACAAAAUCUUUGAGCAAAAUUUCAAAUACUCUGAAUUCAUUUUAACUGAAUGUUAAUCAAAAAAAAAAAAAAAAAUACAUUCUUUGCUAUGUACCUUUAUUUUAAUUGCAAGUCUUUGAUAUUACAGUAGUACUUAAAGGCUUAAACAGAAUGAUACAAGAUUUGUGGGAUCCAAGACCUGUGUUGAGUUUCUCCUUUGGUUUUCUUUGCAUAUGAUAGCCUCUGUGUCAGCAUUUCUCUGCCUGACAGCCCUACUCCUCCAUGUUUCUCCACUGCAAAUAGUUUACUACCUAGUUAUUUCAUUGGUGCACGUGAUUUCUGUAGUAAGUAGUUAUUUACAGUGGGGCCUGGUGCAGUCAUUAAAGGAAAUUGUUCAUCC